AACUGUAGUCAUGUUGUCAGUUUUUGGCAUUUCACAUUUGUACGACUUACGUGGCUUGAUACAAGAAAACAAGCCAGUUCCCGUUUUUUCAUAUGAAAAGAGCGGUUUAGGUGAAAUAUAUUUUAUAAUUUACCAAAAUGGAAUGCAGUUGGAAAUCAUUAUGGACUCUUGCAGUGAUAAUAAGCAGUAUAAUCAGUACAGCACACAGCUAUACCAUCACCGUUGAUGCUCACGCCGAAGAAUGCUUUUUUGAGAAUGUUGAAGCAGAUACUAAAAUGGGUCUAUCAUUUGAAAUAGCUGAAGGUGGUUUCCUAGACAUUGACAUGACUAUAACUGGUCCUAAUGGUGCUAUCAUACACAAGGCAGAGAGAGAAUCAUCAGGCAUCUAUACAUUCUCUGCACAAACAUCAGGAAGAUACACAUACUGCUUUAGCAACAAAAUGUCUACUAUGACACCUAAGGUUGUGAUGUUCAACUUGGAAAUUGGGGAGCCGAAAAAGGAUGCAAAGGAAGACACAGCGGACCACAACAAACUGGAGGACAUGAUCAAAGAACUUGGUACAACAUUAAAGACUGUAAAGCAUGAACAAGAGUACAUGCAGGUCCGGGACCGCAUUCAUCGUUCAAUUAACGAGAGCACCAACUCCCGUGUGGUUAUGUGGUCGAUAUUCGAAGCUUCUGUACUGCUUAUCAUGACCUUUGGACAGGUCUACUACUUGAAGAGGUUCUUUGAAGUGCAGCGCGUUGUUUAAAUACACAUGCCUCCCAUACAAUUGUGUUGUACUUAUGACAAAUUUGUAUGCAAAUAAUCUGUACAAUGCAAUAACUAGUGUUUUUGGUGAGUGCGUAUUUGACAUAAUAUAACGUACAAUUAAAUACUUCUAUGCAAUAGUGAAAUAUACGCCAAUAUUUAAAAACUUAUGUUAAAAAUAUGGGAAAUAGAAAACUUUCUCCUGAAUAAUUUCAUAUUCAUUAUUUAUUUUUUAUUUGACACCAACAAUAAUAUGGUUACUCAAUUUGUCUUAAUUUGUCAUCAUUAGUCAACAAUAUUUUUUUCAUUUUCCAUAUUAAGUUAUUCUUUUAGUGUUGGAUUCAUCUCUGUUAUUAUUAUGAGUUAUCAACAUUUGCAGUUCAACAUCACAAUUUCUGAUAGUAUUCCAUAGUUCGAACUUUUUACUAUUAUAUAUUUAAAUAUUCUAAAUAGUAAUAUAAAAUAUUAAAGCAAGUAAAUCAUACCAUGUACUGAAUUCAUUUUUUAUUCAACAAAAAACUGUGGAAUAAUUACACAAGUUUCUUCCGUGUGCAGUAAUGACUAUAAGCAAAUGUGUUCAGGCAUAAUGUGCAGAGGCGAGAGAUGUUCGAUCUGAGUGUGUAUGGUCACAGUGUUACGAGUUUAAAUAAAUUAAUAUUGUUUGUAAAA